AUGCUGACAAAAGUAAUUCAGAUUGACAGCGUCAUUGAUGACACUUUUGAUGCUUAUGCAAACGAACUUGUGCCUUUCACUGAUGCAAUCCAGAGUGAAAUGGAGGAAAUACUGGCCAACGAAUGUAAAUCAGACCGCAUAUAUUAUGCAAAAUAUGAGAUGAAGAAGCUGCAGGUGAGAACCUUUAUGAGGGAUGCCCAAUGGUUGGAUGCUGGCUAUACUCCGAAUUAUGAGGAGUAUAUGAAGAAUGCACUUGUUGAACAACAAAGAGCACAUAUACCUUCAAUUAUUGAAUGCUACAUGAAAAAAUAUGGAGCUUCAAAGGAAGAGACAUACAUUGAGUUUCAGAAGGAAAUCACGAAUGCAUGGAAAGAUAUAAACAACACAUUAAUAUUCCGUCCUACUGAAGUACCAAUGUUUGUCCUCGAACGAAUUUUAAAUUGUGCACGCGUGAUGGACACUCUAUACCAAGAGGGAGAUGGAUACACAAACUCCAGAGGAAAUGUCAAGAGCAUGAUUAACUUGUUGUUGGUUGAAUCUAUCGAUGUGUGA